AUGGGAUCGAUAGUUUUGGUGCAUCCGCUCCAAACCCCCAGUCCACCACGAUGGGGGGUGCCUCCACCUCGAUGUCCGUCGUUGCACCUGAGUGUUUGUUGGAGUAUCGGCCAGCCGGUCCAGUUGAGGGCAUUCACCUCAACUCAUCCAUCUCCAGAUGUAGGACAUGAGGGGGAAUCGGAUCGGGUGGAAAAUGCUAUGCUAGAGGAUGAUUCCGACGAAGAGCCUGCUGACAUUGGAGGGGACAGCGAUGAUGAAAUUCCGACAAACCCAGCAACAUGUCAACCACCGUCAAGUGCCGGCACACAUGAGCAACCUGCACAUUAUUCUACCCUGGAUCUGGGAGCCAUCAUCCAACCGACGGUAUCAGCACCAACCUUUGGGGGUCGAAGCUUGCACGAGGAAAAUUCUGUAGCUGAAUUUCAAGUUGGCCAAUCUUUCCAUAGUAAGGAGGAAGCUGUGCUUACUGUAAAGGAUUACAGCAUUUGGCGCGAUGUUGAGUAUAGAGUGAUGGAGUCAGAUCAUCUUAAGUACCAUGGGAGAUGCAAGGAGUUUGGGAAGGGUUGCACAUGGAUGAUUCGCAUCAGCCUUCGAGCACGGAAGGGAACUUGGGAGCGACCACCGACAACUAGAUUAUCACGUGAUCUGUGCGAAUAUCUUUCCUCUGGUUUGAGCCAAUGCGGCGGAUCGAUAAAGGUGUUACAAGAAGCUACCGAAGGAACGUAUGGGUUCAAGCCAACUUACAGGAAGACGUGGUUGGCAAAACAGAAGGCGGUAGCACAGAUAUACGGGGACUGGGAAGAGUCCUACGCCGAGCUACCUCGUUGGAUCCUUGGUGUGCAGUCCACCAUGGAGGGGACGACGUUUCCUCCUUGUGUUGAAGCUUUCCGACAUUGCAAGCCAUUGGUAAGUAUAGACGGUACUCAGCUGUAUGGCAAGUAUGGAGGGACUUUGCUCCUGGCCAUCGCUCAAGAUGGGAACUCCAACAUCUUGCCUAUUGCUUUCAGUCUCGUGGAGGGAGAAAAUGCCGAGUCUUGGUCUUUCUUCCUGACCAACCUGCGGCAACAUGUGACUCCGCAACAGGGGAUACUAGUCAUCUCAGAUAGGCAUAAUGGCAUCAAGGCUGCACUAAAGAACCCGAACAGUGGGUGGUUACCCCCGCAUGCGUACCGAGCAUUUUGUAUUCGGCAUGUUGCAGCUAACUUCGCACUCAGUUUCAAGGGGACGGAUGCAAAGCGUUUGCUUGUGAACGCUGCUUAUGCGAAGACUGAGGCAGAGUUUCACUAUUGGUUUGAUAUAAUGCGGACUGAGAAUCCGGCAAUAUGUGAUUGGACGAACAGAAUAGAAUACGAUAAGUGGACUCAGCACCAGGAUGGUGGCAGACGGUUCGGUCACAUGACGACCAAUAUAUCUGAGUGUGUUAAUUCUGUUCUUAAGGGUACACGGAAUCUUCCGGUUACCGCCCUAGUAAAGUCCACAUAUGGUCGGCUAGCGGAGUUGUUCGUGAUUCGUGGUCAGACGGCAGAGGCUCAAUUGGCCAGCGAUGCCAAGUUCUGCCAGUCUUUUAUGAAGGCGAUGGAGCGCAACUUGAAAGACUCCAGAUGUUUCACUGUCACUCUGUUCGAUAGACACCAGUCUGAGUACACCGUUGCCGAGACAACGGCCACCGGGAGCUUUUCACUUGGGACGUACCGAGUUUCCCUCCAGCAUCGUACAUGCGACUGUGGAUACUUUCAAGCUCUCCAUUACCCAUGUUGCCAUGCAAUUGCAUGUUGUGACCAGUCACGGCUUGACUGGUCUAUCUAUGUCGACGACGUCUACACCAUGCAGAAGGUGUUCAGGGUGUACCAGAUGGGUUUCGUACCGCCAAUACCGGAGGGACUUUGGCCACCUUAUGACGGUCCGACCGUUAUUCCGGACCCCAGCUUGAGGCGUUGUCGUGAUGGGCGACCAAGGUCUACCAGAAUCCGGAACAACAUGGAUGAGGCUGACCCUAACCGACCGAAGCGAUGCGGGCUCUGCAAACAGCCUGGGCACACGCGUAGGUCUUGCCCCUAG